AUGAUCUUUCCGUCUUCAAGACCAAGGCCCAUCUCGGCUUCCAGAUCUUUCCAGGGAUCCAAUUCUGGAUCAAGCCUCACCAACUCAUGCCACAAACAAUCCCCGGACAAUCAGUCAGUCAAAACGACAAGCUUACUCCAAUAUCUCAGUGCUGCCAAUCCAUCGCCUUCCUUGGUCGAUCGUAUCAUAGAGCCUGGUCCAGCGCGCGAUGCACACUUCUGGUUCGAUGUCAGGAAUAUACGCAGCUGGACCGCUUUCAACUCCAACAUAAUGGCUAGUGUUCCGGAGUUGUUGAUGCUUUUGCAUGGCAAGAUACAUGUCGAUGCCCUUCCAACGCCCCAGGUAGUGAACACCUCUCCAGUCACACGCGAUCAACUAUAUGUUUCCCACCGCGACCACUUUGGCUCCAAGCUCAACACAGCCUUGAAGACCUCUUCAGCCCAAUCAAGCAUACGGCUGCGUAAUGUACAAUCCAGAGGCCAUCGCAUGCAACCAGACUUCGUGUCAAGCUAUCCCAGCAGCCAACAGCAAAUUGCCUCUUCUUAUCCAGCUCAACGGGGUCGUGUCAUAGGCAUAGUCUUAUGCUACGAGCAGUGGUCCAGUGGCAUGCGCAACGGUAAUCCAGCCCAGAAAGUACGCUAUCUGUCCGGUCUAGCACGUCUACAGCACUUUCUCCGCGAACACGGCUGUCGCUAUGGUUUCAUCAUUACGGAAAUCGAACUUGUGUGUAUACGUUAUGGUGGCGAUGACUUGAUCUACGAAUCCUCAAAGUCCGAAUCUUCAGCCGCUUUCGCUGCUACCUCAUCUUCCUCUCCGAUUCCCAUCUUUGGAUACUUGGAUGUCAGUGAUGCGAUUCCAUUGUCUCGACACACGCAAGAUGGCAGAGAUAUCAAGAUGACUGCAGCAUUGGCACUGUGGUACUUGCACAUGCAAGCAGGCGACCAACCACUUCCUGGACACCACCACUGGAAGUUGGAGAUUGGAGGUUCUUCUGCGAUGACUAGGAAGAAACAUCUGAACAGAGAUCCAUGGAUGCCUAAACCAGUGCUGAGAGAGAUCAGAAGGGCAAAGAGGGAAAGGGGUUGGAUGUGGCCCAAUGAGGAGUUCAGCAAGAAGGAAAGGGACGGGAAACGGAUGUGA